GAUAAUGCAUGUGAGAAAACUUCAUAUAUGUUUCUACGAAAGGAGCUUCCUGUAAGACUGGCCAACACAAUGAGAGAAGUUAAUCUUCUGCCGGAUAACUUGCUUAACCGCCCUUCGGUGGGGUUGGUUCAGAGUUGGUAUAUGCAGAGCUUUCUUGAACUUUUAGAAUACGAGAAUAAGAGCCCUGAAGAUCCACAGGUCUUGGAUAACUUUCUGCAAGUUCUCAUUAAAGUCAGAAAUAGACACAACGAUGUGGUUCCUACAAUGGCACAAGGAGUGAUUGAAUACAAGGAGAAAUUUGGGUUUGAUCCAUUCAUUAGCAGUAACAUCCAGUAUUUUCUGGAUCGGUUCUAUACCAACCGCAUCUCUUUCCGCAUGCUUAUUAACCAGCACAGUAAGUUGGGUUUUUGAUCCACUUUUGAAAGG